AUGCCUGGCGAGGAGACCAUCUUGGAAGGACCCGUGACGCCGGCCCCAGUAUUCGCCUACCGCGCCAUUCGAAGCGUCUUCUUCGCCUCACCCGACUCCUCGCCCGACUCUUCGCCCGAGCAUGGCGGCAAAGAAAAUCUCGUGCCUUCGUACUCCUCAUCGCCAUCACCGAAGCCAAAGCCUCUCGCAGAGCUCCAAUUGUCACCGUCACAGAAGCGAAAGAGGGGAAGCAACACCACAGGUGCGGGUAACAUCCUUUCGCCUACAAAGGGCAUCCUGCGGACGCCGGGACUGGCGACGCCGAGAGCAAAAUAUCUGAAGGACAUCAAUGUCAAAUUCAAGAGUGUCAGCCCCGAAGGCCCCAAAUCAGCCACUCUGCCCGUCUCUCCCAAGCAGCCAAAGACCAAACUGCAGCACGCGCCACCGGCCCCUCAUCCCUCAAAGUCCAGCAUCGAGCUGGCAUCACCCACGAGGAAGAAGGCAUCUUCCAAGUGGCAGGACCCACUGCAGGAUGAACCAUUAACGGCACGGGGCAUUCCUGCAACAACCGCAACAACCACCCCAACUUCGCCAUGCAUACUCUCCCGAGCGGCGAUCGAAGCCUACGUAACCCAAACCGAAAAGGAAAUGAAGAAGUUGGUUCGCUACGGACAGAAAAUGCGCGAGUACGCGCGCAAGAAGGAUGCGGAAAACCAGGAAUUGAAGGCCAUGAUUGAACAACUUCAAAGGGAGAACGGGAGGUUGAAAAGAGGCGCGGAGUCCGCGACUGAUUGCCAGUUCAGCGCCAACCAUCCUCCGCAGCUACAGGUACAACCGAAAGAUAACGGACAGGACAGGAGGGCCAGUGUUAGGACGGUAGAGACGAGUGCGUCGCCAGCGCUCAGGCACAAACCUCGGGGCUACGUCCGGGAGGAAGUCGAUAGGGUCGAAACAACAGUGCGGAGUCAGACGACAAGGGAUUCAAAGGACCAUAGGCACACUAGCUUGUCGAAUGCUGCCACAGCAGAACAAUCAGGCGGCGUCUGCGAGCCGCCAAAACCUCCCCCCAGUGGCUGGGGCACCAUCGCGAGCGAGCAUCCACCCACGCUCAAGCGAUCAACAUCAACGCCGACACCAAAACGAACAACUUCGUCCUCGGCGAGGCUGCUCGUAUCCCUCCCCAGCAAUUCACCUGCGUCUUCAGAGAUAAAACCAGCAACAACAUGCAUGCGCUCCGCCUCGGCCAGCACCACCCUAGCUGCUAGACCUGCCGCCACAAGGCUCCCGCCGGAGCGCAUCGCAGCAGCACGAGACCGCAUCCGCCGACGCAAUGAAGCAAGGAAAGCAAGUGUUCAAGUUGACGUCGCUGCCUCGACCCCGGGCAAGAAGGGCGAGGGACAUGCUCCGCACAAUGGCCGGGAGCUAGUCCUGGAGCAAGAGAUGGGACAGCAACCGGAGGAACCGAGCGAGGUCGACUGGGCAAAUCUCUGA